UCACGUCAAGAUGGUGGGGCGCUGAUGCCAGAUAUCAGUAGAUGCUGCGUGCAAAUCUGGCUGCAGCCGUGUAGUCGCUAGCCUCGAAACUAGUCUCGUUAGUCGUGGUGCCUGGGACACAAUUUAAAUCCAAUUCCAGCUCCACCGUCAGUUCGUGUUCAGCAGAUCAACUCACUCGCUGGUGGUCGCGACUCGCCGCCGCUGCAUUCAGUCGUUGACGAGAUUCGAAGGUGUUCAGUCGAAGUACUUCAGGAACCGUGCAUUCGCUUUGCUGUUGGUACCUUUUGUUUUUUAGAGUAUAAAAUUACGUUUUAAGUAACUUAUUCGUUGCUGCAAACCAUCAUGAAGGUGCUAAUUGUUCUAUCGACAGUGCUGUGCGUGGCGUUGGCCAAGGACCAACCGAAGAAAGCUAUUGUUUACUUACAAAGCACAUCGGGAGUGGCUGGUAAUGUGACGAUCUCCCAACCUUCCUGCACCGAACCUGUGUUUAUCGAGAUCAACGUAGUCGGACUAGCACCGGGCAAGCAUGGAUUCCAUAUUCACGAAAAGGGAGAUCUGACGGACGGCUGUGCCAGCACUGGUGGACAUUACAAUCCGGAUAAGGUCAGCCAUGGUGCUCCGAACGACCAAGUUCGUCACGUCGGAGACUUGGGCAACAUUGCUGCUGACGAGAACGGAAUCGCCAAGACGUCGUACUCGGAUACUGUCGUUUCGCUGUACGGAGCCCGCAGUGUGAUUGGCCGCGCGAUCGUCAUCCACGCCGAAGUCGACGAUCUGGGAAAAACCAACCACCCCGACUCGCUGAAAACCGGAAACGCGGGCGGGCGCGUUGCCUGCGGUGUGAUCGGCAUUCUCGCCCCGUUCGAGGAGCCCGAGGAGGAGUGCAGCGGUGGACGGCAAGCGGUCCUUCCGGCAGUCACAGUAAUCGCGUUGGUCUACGCAGCCCGAAUGUUGGCCGCGUAGGCCCGUGCCGCGAACGAUUAAUAAUGGGUUGGCGAAGAUAAUCUACAACAGUGCGUACCACUGGGCAGUCCACCUUUGCGUGGGACCAGUUCAUCGAACUCGUUUUUCCAGUCUUCGACCGUGCCAUUCCAGACCGCGUCUAAGGAUCUGACGCCAAGAAGAAGAGGAAAUUUUGCCACCAUUUUUCUGUUUCUUUGUCCACCGAAGGUAAAUGUAAGAAGUCUAACAAUAGAAAAUUGACUUGCACAUAGCACCUCACACAGCUUCGAAGGAGCGACAUAGGAAUGGGCGGCGAGGAAAACGUUUCCGAAAAAUCCACCCCUAAGCACUUCUUUGCGUGAAAAGCUCGUUUUUCCUACGCUUUUCCCCGAUGCCUCCGACACUCCCAACCCGACCGUCCUGCGAAGCCGCGAUUGACACCUGCCAGCGACUAUUUCCCCGCCCGAGAACGAGCUCGUGUUUUUCUCUCUUUCGCUUUGUUAAGUGUGCUUUUGUGUAAAUAAACUUGUUCUACC